AAGCUGCUAAGCCCCGCGGCGCCCUUUUUCCCGUCUCCAAUCGGCUCGCCUUGACGUCGAUCAACAGCGUUGGACGGCUGCAGCACUGUGAGCGGGAUUUCCCUGCCUCGGUGGCCAAGCACGAUCGUUUCUUUCUUGCACAGUCAGGAUUGCAUGACAAGCAGGGCCCACAUGAAGGCACGCUUGCGUUAGAUCAGUACAAGGUAUACCCCCACUUUCCAGAUACAUCCUCAGGCGACCUUCGUGCGGGCCUUAUCUGCCGAUAGCAGCGCCUACAUAGGGCCCCCACUUCGCCAUGUCGGACAGCCAGCAUGCCAGCAUCCUAGACUCGUUUGGCGGCAUCUCUACGCCGCAGUCCGAGUGGUCCUCGAUCCAUGGCGGGCUCCACUCUCGAGACAGCAGUGUGUCGGGGCCUCGGGCAGCGUUCGGCAGAGGCAUUCCCAUGCUGGCCAGUAACAGCGCCAGCACCGGCAACAACGACGAUGCCCAGUCCGACACGUCGCUCUACUCUGACCAAGAGCAAGACUACAUGCGCGGCAACAGCGACAUCUUUAUCAAUGCACCCGACUCGCCCGCGGUGCCUCAGCGCCUCAGCAGCGUGUCGCACCCGCGCGAACGCUCCUUUUUCGAUCCAAACUCGUCGUCACCGCCCGACCCAGGCGCAGCUUCGCCGUCGGAACCGAGCCGGCCCGCCGAGGGAGGGACGGGAGGAGAAGUCCGCGAUCUUCUUGGUUCGAGCCCGAUGAGCAAGGACCCGUCGAGGAUGUCGGGCAUCAGUGCCAGAUCCGAGCUCUCGCCCAAGAUUGCAGCACGAACAUCUUCGUCGUCCUCGCGGUCGAAAAAGGACGGGACCGAGGCGGAGCUGGAAGCGCAUCUGCAGCAGUCUGCCGAUGCCGAGGAUCCAAAUCGGCCGAGGACACUCAAGGAGGCAAGGGCGCUGGCAAAGGAAAGGGCGAGGUUGAGAAAAGAGGCCCGAGAGAGCGAGAGUGCGCCGGCAUCGUCCAAGGCAAAGGGUAAAUCCACGACCUCGCCUGUGGUGGCGCCGCGACACGAGGCGAAGCCAUCGAUGGACAAGGAAACAGCGGCAGCUGCGCUAGCUAACUCGGAUGAACGACGGUCCGAGGAGAGGCCUGAGCGCAAGUCGUUUGCGUCAGAUCGAUCGUUGUCUGUUUACUCCCAUGAAGAAGACCCUGAAACAGGGCCACGGAUGCAGAACGAGGACAGGAGAGUGCUGGGCCAUCAGAGGGAGCCAUCCCAAGGCAAAGCUGCAGAUCCAGAGACCCUCGUCGCCAUGGACAACCUGCAAGCGGCCGUAGGGGAGGCGUUGGAGGAUCUCAGCUUUGGGAGCUCGACGGCCACGGAGACGACGAGCACCACUGUGCCACCGUCGGCCGUGGCCACCGUGGCCUACAACCCUGUCGAUGAAGUGAAGACGCCUGUAGCAUCUGAGGCGACGCUGCCCUCUGUCGCUGCUGCCAGCAAAGCCACGACAGCCUCGCACCAACGUGGCGGAGGAGCCGGCUCGUUUGAUGCGAGGGCAGCGACGAGCAACGACUCGGGUUUCUACCCCAGUUUUGUGCCUCGGUCUGCGACCAUGUCUGGCGACCUGCAGCGGCAGCAGAGUGACCGCGGCACAGUCUCGCUUCCUGCCUCGACGACUCAGCCUUCGUUUCCACGCCACGUCUCUGUUCCCUCCGAGUCUUCGACCAGCUCACGCCUCGGCCCGGGGCGGAGUGCGAUGAGGCCGGCACGGCUCGACGUCUUUGGCAAGACGAUUCCUUGGCCGGCCGCCUUUGACCCAACGGCCGUGCUCGAGCAGAAGCGACUGGCGCCCUGGGAGCGGGCAAGGGGGUAUGCGCACUACUGCAACGAUCUCUGCAAGACGCCCUCGGGCCUUCAGGUCUGGCUCGAGGUCGUUCAGAGGCCUGCGGCUAGUGAACAGCAGCGUAGGGUAGGCAGGCACAACCGUGGUUUGGGCACGGACGCCUCCGGCUACGCGGCCAGUGUGCGCAGCGACGCCACCUUCCCCAUUCGCGGUGACGGUGGAAAGGCAAAGGAGAUCCAGACGGCGUUCCAGCCGAUUCCAGAGAGCCCCCCGAGUGGGCUGCCAUCCAAUAUUCCGUACCCGUCGCUCGUCAAUCAGACGAUGGUCCCGUCGGCCUCGCAGCAACACUCUGUCUCGAGCCGGUCCAGCAGCACCCUCAACGACGACCAUCACACGCCGGCAUCGCUCUCGCGGGCGAGUGCGAGUGCCAAGGGCGCCGCGGGCAACUUCUUCAGCAGCCUGGGCAGGCGAGGCAGCACGCGGAGAACGGCCGCCGGGAUGGGAGGCAUCGGCAUCGGCAUCCAGCCGCUGACUUCCAACAUGACCACAAGCCACAGCAGCGGCGGUGUUGGCGGCAGUAGCAGCAGCAGCGGCAGCGGCGGCGGUCUUGGUGGUGGUGGUGGCAGGGGCGCAAAGGGCAAGGUGAUCUCGGGCCCUGUCUCGUCGCCGCCAACCGCAUUCAACAAUCCGCAGAGCCACCUGGAGGGCGCAAAACCUGGCAUAGAAGGGCUCGACCGAACGCAGUCACCGGCAACAAUGGCUCGGGCGCAAUCGUCGCCCCACGUCGCACCGCAGACCGCCGCCCAGCGACCAUCACAGGAGGUGCAAAGAGCGCAGGAUCCUGCAACUCUGGCAAAGGGCUUCUACAGCCCUCGUUCGACCUCGCCUGCCGAGCACCAGCCCACUGUCGUCACAAGGGGACUCCUCGGCGGUAGGGUCGAGGGCAGCCCACUGACGACGCCGACGAGCGCAACGAGUGCGCGCACCCCCAUGGGUCCCCGCGCAUACAGCCAGGCAAACAGUGCCGUCAGUGCAGCAAGCAGUGCCACAUUUCUCACCGCUCCCGCCUCGCCACGAGACAGUCCCUCGAGCAACGAGCAGCAGCAGAUGCAGCUGCAACAGCAGCAGCACUUACAGCAACUACAGCAACAGCAGCAGCAGCAAGCGCUACCAAAGGGGCAGUACUACGGUCUCUCGUCGACGGGCGGAAUCUACGGCACCCCUCAGCCCAACGAGGGCCGCACCAGCUCGCCCAGCAGCCCGCUCUAUGCUUACUUGGCCACUGAUUACGCCGGCGAAAAGAGGCCGUCCCCACUCGCGACAGGCAACGAGGGCAGCCCCAGCAAUGAGUCUCCCAUGCUCGGGAGCAGCACCGCCUCUCAGCACACGGUCCAGGAGCGCGACGGACAGCGGGGACGGUCAGCUGGCCUCGGGAUACCAGGGAGGCGGACAUCGUCCACCUCUGUGUCAUCCAAUUCGCUCCGUGCGCCCGGCCAGGCAGAGGACGGCGGCGGCAGCAGCAGCCGCAAAGAAAGCUUCAGCAGCACCCGGGCCUCUAACGGCGCCGGCGACGUGACCGACACGGAGGAAGAGGCGCUCGAGAAGCUGGCCGAUGUCCUGCAGGACGCCGACCGGCCGACGCUGAUCCAGUAUCUGCGGCGUGCCAACGGCAACAACCUCGUGGCCAUCGGCGACUACUUUCAGGACCAGGCGACGGGCAAGCUCCGACGCUGAUCUCCGCUCCUCUUUUCUUUUCAUUCUUUUCGAAAAUAGUCAUUUCACUCACGUUGAUUGUUUGCAAUGACAACCAUAGGAUACCUUUUUCCUCUCCUUUUUUUCCUCUCUCUCUCUUCUUCUCUUUCUUCUUCGCUGGUCUUGGCGGUGAAAUUAAUGGAAGAC